UCAUUCACUCUCUCUCUCUCCACGCACACACACGCUCCCUCACUUUUCGUGGGAGAAAGUUGGAAGGGGGAGAGCGAAAGAGAGAGAAAGGGGGAGAGAGUGAUUUCAAGUCUCUCUCUGCUCUCUCCGCUUUCGGCACUCAUAUUAUCUGUGCUGUCUCAAUGGGGCUUUAGCGUUAAGGAAUCAAGUAAAAAAACAAUAUUUAUUUCCCUACAUCCCUUUUAGUAUUUAAGUUUUUGUACAGGUAGAUAGGUAACUUAUUCAAGACAAGUCGAAGCAACCCGUCAGACCACCCUCACUAUGGAUAUCGGAGAAUGGAUGUUUCGGAAGAAGCAGAGACCGUGGCGCAUGGAUCUCUCGCUCGCCUUGGUGACUUUGACUCUCGCCUUGUUCCAAGCCCCUUUGGCGCAAGCAGACCCUGUGGAUGUCUUGCGGGCGCUGCAGUUGCCCUCCCUGCCUGAGGGGGUGACCAAGGUUCCCGGCUUCUGCACGUCCCGCCGCGCUGGCACCCCCGACCAUGCCUACCGCAUCACCAAGAAGGCCCAGAUCUCCGUGCCCACCAGCCAGCUCUUCUCAGCCGGCUUCCCCGAGGACUUCUCCAUCAUGGCCCUGGUGAAGGCGAAGGCUGGCCUGCAGGCCUUCCUGCUGUCCCUGUACAGCGAGGCGGGCGUGCAGCAGCUGGGCGUGGAGCUGGGUCGCUCCCCCGUCUUCCUGUACGAGGACCAGAACCGCAAGCCGGCGCCCGAGGACUACCCGCUCUUCAGGGGCAUCAACUUGGCCGACGGCAAGUGGCAUCGCGUUGCCAUCUCGGUACAGAAGAAGGAAGUCACCCUGAUCCUGGACUGCAAGAAGAAGAUGACCAAGCCCCUCCUCCGCAGCAACAACGCCCAGAUCGACACCAACGGCAUCACUGUGUUCGGAUCCCGCCUACUGGACGAGGUCUUCCAGGGUGAUAUCCAGCAACUGCUGAUUGCCUCCAACCCCCAGGCUGCCUAUGACUUCUGUGAGCACUACAGCCCUGACUGUGACUCCCCUCUGCCCAGGAUCCAGGCCCAGGACCCCAACCCACCCGGUGGUAAGGCUAGCAAUGGCGAGGCAAGCAAACCCAAAGCGGCCCCAGCGAAGGCUAAGGCAGCCCUGGGGAAGCCUGCCCCUCCUCCAGCCAAACCUGCUGCAGAGAAGGCUAAGCCCGCUGCGGCUAAACCCGCAAAAGUCGUCGCCACUGCUGCCCCUGCCAAGCCCGCCAAGGCAGCCAAAGUAGAGGCAGCAGCCGCAGCUGUGGAGGCCGCCCCUGCUAAACCCACCAAGGCCAAGCCCACUGCCCUCGAGGUUCUCUUGUCAAAAAUCAAACCAACUGCCGCUGCUACUGCUGCUCCCAAAAACGGAGCUGAGAAGAAGGCUAACGGUAACGGCAAAGUGACAGAGGAGAAAAAAGUUGAGGUCAAAGUUAAUGGCAAUGGCAAAAAUGGCGAAGCCAAAGUUAAUGGUAAUGGAAAGGCAGCUGAGGAGAAAAAAGCCAACGGAAAUGGCAAGGCUAACGGCAAUGGAGAGGCUAAGGCUAACGGCAAUGGUGCUGCUAAGGCUAACGGCAAUGGAGAGGCUAAAGCUAACGGCAAUGGCGCUGCUAAGGCUAACGGCAACGGCAAAGCCAACGGUAAUGGAAAUGGCAAGGCAACCGAGGCUCCAGCCACUGUUGAAAAAAAAGUAAACGGCAAGGCCAAAGUGACUGAAGAAAAGGUUUCCGUCGUGGAGGAGAAAGUAGUGACUGUUGUUGAGAAAACAGUCACCGCUAAAGCUGCCCCCGAGAAAAAUGGGGCUGACAAGAAGGCUAACGGCAAUGGAGCUAAAAAUGGAGCAGCCAAAGCCGAAGCUAAGGUAGAGGUUGCUAAGGUAGAGGUCACAGUUGAAAAGAAGGAAAAGCCUAAAGUUGAGGUUGCUAAAGCUGAAACUGCCGUGACCGAGGCAAAAACCAAGAUCACGAAAGUGAAAGUAGAAAAGGUUGACAAACCUGUAAAGGCAGAGAAGAAGGUGGUGAAAGUCACACCAGCAAAGGCAGAGGUUACGAAAACCGAAGUGGUCAAAACCGAAGUGGUGAAAGUGGUAGCGGCCAAACCAGAGGUGAUUAAAACAGAGACUGUGACAGUAGUAGAAGUGGCUGCACCAGAAGUUGCCAAGACAGAGACCGUGAAAGCAGUAGCUGGCAAAACAGAGGUGACAAAGAAAGUAGUUAAAGUGGUGGCUGCUAAACCAGAGGUUGUUAAAACCGAGACUGUUGUGGUGUCCACACCAGAGGUUGUACAAACCGAAACAGUGGAGGUGGUAGCAACCAAGCCAGAAGUCACGAAAAAAGUGGUAGUAGUCAAAACAGAUCCCCCUAAAAAGGGCAAAGUGGUCACUACCAAAAAAGAAAUAGUCACCAAAACAGAAAUAGUUAAAGUAGCAGCUUCCAAACCAGUAGUCACCAAAACUGAAACAGUGGAGGUGGUAGUCACCAAACCAGAAGUCGUCAAGACCGAAACUGUCAAGGUGGUAGCAGUGAAGCCAGAAGUCGUCGAGACCGAAAUUGUCAAGGUGGUAGCAGCGAAGCCGGAAGUUGUCAAGACCGAAACAGUCGAAGUUGUAGUUGCGAAACCAGAGGUCACUAAGAAGGAAACCGUGAAAGUAAAAGCAGAGAAAGCUAAACCUGCCAAAGCAGAGGUCACGAAAACCGAAGUCAAGGUCACGGCAGCCAAACCGGCCGUCAAAGCAGAGAAGGUCAAAGUUGACGUCGCAAAAACAGAAACAGUCGUCACAAAAACAGAAACCGUAGUAAAAGCAGAGGAAACCAAAGAGGUCAAGGUCACAGCCGCAAAGCCAGAGGUUGCCAAAGCUGAAACUGUCAAGGUCAAGACUGUAAAAACGGAGGUGAAGGCACCGGCCAAAGCAGAGGUCACGAAAGUGGAGAAAGUUGAAGUCGUCGCUGCCAAGCCAGAAGUCACCAAAACAGAAGUAGUUAAAACCGUUAAAACCGAAGUCAAGGUUGCAGCCUCAAAGCCACCCCCGCCACCAAAGAAAGAGGCCCCUGCCCCCGUGCCCAUCCCCCUCCCUCCUCUCCCCAAGCCGGAGAAGACCAAGGUUACGGUCGAGAUCAAUAACGUCAAAUCCACAUCCAAACUUUUCCCCCCCUUUGACAAGUCUGUGGUCAGCGGCACCACCGUUCCUGUACCAGAAAAACCGAAGAAACCGACCAACGGUUAUCAACAGGAUGUAGAUCCUGACUACUCUGAGACUGGCCACACCCCCACCGAGGAUUAUUAUUACACCUUAGAGGAGGAGGAGGCGGCACCAUAUCCAGAUGGUGAGGUGAUUGGUCAACCACAGCCAGAUGGUGAGGUGAUUGGACAGGAUGCAACACCUGGCCAGGUGGAUGAGCCAGAGGUGACUGUGGAGCUGGAGGCUACCAAGGCAGGUGGCGCGGGGGCCUCUCAGGCCCCAGACGAGGCCUUCACAGAGGAGUAUGUGACCGGUGACUUUGGCAUGAAGGAAUACGACUAUUCCUACAAGGACUACCAGGAGCCGGCUCCGGAGGGCGAGACCGACGCCGGACACAUGGGCCCCGCUCUGUCUGCCGUGACGGACGAGGGAGGCGCUGCCGUGAGUGGCCUGAAGGGAGAGAAGGGAGACCCUGCUGUCCUGGAGCCUGGCAUGUUGAUCGAUGGGCCUCCCGGACCUGAGGGACCAGCAGGUCUCCCUGGUCCUUCCGGGCCUUCUGGACCCCCUGGCUCUGUUGGAGAUCCCGGCGAGAGGGGACCCCCUGGUAAGGCUGGCCUGCCCGGCGCUGAUGGAGUUGCUGGACCACCUGGCACCUCUGUUAUGCUGCCCUUCCGCUUUGGCCAGAGUGGUGGAGACAAGGGCCCAGCGGUCUCAGCCCAAGAAGCCCAGGCCGCAGCCAUCCUGUCCCAGGCUAGGAUGGCUCUGAAGGGACCACCUGGCCCAAUGGGCUACACGGGCCGCACCGGACCUGUGGGAUCUCCUGGUAGCCCUGGACUGAAGGGAGAGAGUGGAGACCCUGGACCUCAGGGUCCUAGAGGACCUCAGGGGUUGAGUGGACCACCUGGCAAGGCGGGACGCAGGGGUCGUGCUGGUGCUGAUGGAGCUCGCGGUAUGCCAGGAGAGUCUGGAUCUAAGGGUGACCGUGGCUUCGAUGGGCUUCCUGGUUUGCCUGGCGACAAGGGAACGCGGGGUCACACCGGUGGAAUGGGACCACAAGGGUCUAUUGGAGAGGAUGGAGAGAGGGGAGACGACGGAGACGUCGGACCCAGAGGUCUUCCAGGUGAACCAGGACCCCGUGGUCUGCUGGGUCCUAAAGGUCCUACUGGCCUUCCUGGACCUCCUGGUGUACGCGGAAACGAUGGUCCUCAUGGUCCUAAAGGAAACUUGGGACCCCAGGGAGAGCCAGGCCCACCCGGGCAGCAGGGUCAACCAGGAACUCAGGGAAUGUCAGGACCUCAGGGUGCUAAUGGACCUCCAGGAGAGAAGGGCCCCCGAGGAAAGCCUGGUCUGCCAGGCAUGCCCGGUGCUGAUGGACCUCCAGGCCACCCAGGAAAGGAAGGGGCAGGUGGCACCAAAGGAAACAUGGGACCAAGCGGGCCUCAGGGUCCUAUUGGUUACCCUGGCCCUCGUGGAAUCAAGGGUGAGCAAGGUAUCCGUGGACUGAAGGGACACAAGGGGGAGAAGGGUGAAGAUGGCUUCCCAGGAAUCAAAGGAGACUUUGGAGUCAAAGGAGAGAGAGGAGAGCUGGGAGUUCCUGGACCGAGGGGAGAGGACGGUUCUGAGGGGCCAAAGGGUCGUGUCGGACCCCCUGGCGAGAUCGGCCCACUUGGUCUGGUUGGAGAGAAGGGUAAACUUGGUGUUCCUGGUCUGCCUGGAUAUCCUGGAAGACAAGGAAUCAAGGGAUCUCUCGGUUUCCCAGGAUUCCCUGGUACCAACGGCGAGAAAGGAGGAAGGGGCAUCAUUGGAAAGGCUGGACCUAGAGGACAGAGAGGACCAACUGGACCCAGAGGCCAGAGAGGUCCCCGUGGCUCAACUGGAAAGCUUGGCGCUAAGGGAUCGUCAGGAAGUGAUGGGCCUCCCGGACCUCUAGGAGAGAGGGGACUUCCUGGACCUCAAGGAGCAAACGGAUUCCCUGGGCCAAAGGGACCUCCCGGACCACCAGGGAAAGAUGGACUGCCCGGACACCCUGGACAGAGAGGCGAAGUGGGAUUCCAAGGCAAGACUGGGCCUCCCGGUCCCCCUGGAGUUGUUGGGCCUCAGGGUCCUGCAGGCGAGACCGGCCCAUUGGGUGAGCGCGGACACUCCGGCCCCCCUGGACCUCCAGGAGAGCAGGGAUUGGCUGGCCCCUCUGGGAAGGAGGGAACCAAGGGAGACCCCGGUCCCCCUGGCGGACCUGGAAAAGACGGACCCCCGGGACUGAGAGGAUUCCCCGGAGAGAGAGGACUUCCAGGAACCCCUGGAGGCCCUGGACUCAAAGGAAGUGAAGGCCCAGCUGGUCCUCCUGGCCCUGCCGGAUCUUCAGGCGAGAGGGGCUCAGCUGGCGGUGCAGGCCCCAUCGGACCCCCAGGAAGACCUGGACCUCAGGGACCACCAGGAACUGCUGGAGAGAAGGGAGUGCCCGGAGAGAAAGGACCAAUGGGGCCAGCUGGUCGUGAUGGACUGCAAGGCGCAGUGGGUCUCCCCGGCCCCGCAGGACCACCAGGAGUUACCGGAGAGGACGGAGACAAGGGAGAAGUUGGAGAGCAUGGUCAGAAGGGCGCUAAGGGAGGCAAGGGAGAACAUGGUCCUCCUGGUCCACCAGGAUCAAUUGGUCCAGUUGGCCAGCCCGGUGCCGCUGGAGCAGAUGGGGAGACUGGAGCGCGGGGUCAACAGGGUAUCUUUGGAUCCAAGGGAGACGAAGGAACAAGAGGAUUCCCAGGGCCUCCAGGUCCCAUCGGUCUUCAGGGAUUGCCCGGCGUUUCAGGAGAGAAGGGAGAGACGGGAGACGUUGGCCCAAUGGGACCUCCUGGUCCUCCAGGACCCCGUGGCCCUGCUGGUCCCAACGGUGCUGAUGGUCCUCAAGGUCCUCCAGGAGGUAUCGGAAACCCAGGUCCUGCAGGAGAGAAGGGAGAGCCUGGCGAGUCCGGUCCACCUGGAAUUGGAGGCGAACCAGGAAAGAAGGGGCCUCGUGGAGAGCGCGGUGAGAAGGGCGAGUCGGGACAACCCGGAACGGCUGGACCCUCUGGCGGAAGAGGACCCACGGGAGACGACGGACCUAAAGGCAACCCUGGCCCUGUUGGUUUCCCUGGCGAUCCUGGUCCCCCUGGUGAGCUUGGACCAAGAGGAGCCGAUGGAGCAAAGGGAGAGAGAGGAGAGGACGGCGAACAAGGAGAAGCUGGCUCUCCCGGACCUUCUGGCGAGAAUGGACCACCCGGACCUCCUGGAAAGAGGGGUCCCGCCGGAACAAGAGGACCUGAGGGCCGUCAGGGAGAGAAGGGUGCCAAGGGUGACAACGGAGCAAAGGGACCACCAGGAAAGACAGGGGCAGUGGGACCUCAGGGUCAGCCAGGAAAACCAGGAACAGAGGGACUGAGGGGACUUCCUGGAUCAGUGGGUGAACAAGGCUCUCCAGGACCUUCCGGGCAGCAAGGACCUCCUGGACCUCUGGGUCCUCCAGGUUUGGCUGGCCUUCGCGGAGAUCCCGGUGCCAAGGGAGAGAAGGGCCACUCGGGUAUGAUCGGUCUGAUCGGACCCCCCGGUGAGCAGGGAGAGAAGGGAGACAGGGGACUGUCCGGACCGGCCGGAACCUCUGGACCCAAGGGAGAGACUGGUAUGCCCGGUGGCACUGGACCUCUCGGCCCUGCUGGUCCUGCUGGUCUGCCUGGUCCUAGAGGAGUCAAGGGAGCUAAGGGAGCUUCUGGUGGAGCUGGUCCUAAGGGAGAGAAGGGUGUAUCAGGACCUCCAGGACCUCCUGGACCCCCCGGUGAUGUCAUCCAGCCGCUGCCCAUCCAGAUCCCCAAGAAGUCCAAGCGCUCCAUCGACGCCAGCAAGAUGCUGUCGGAGACGGACGCAGAGGUGGCGGCCGAUGGCACGGGCACCGAGUUCCUGACGGGCAACGAGGGCAUGGAGGAGAUCUACGGCUCGCUCAACUCGCUGCGGCAGGAGAUCGACGCCAUGCGCUUCCCCCUGGGCACUCAGGAGAGCCCCGCACGCACCUGCCAGGACCUCAUGAUCAGCCAGCCCGACCUCAAGGAUGGUGAGUACUGGAUUGACCCCAACCAGGGAUGCUCUCGCGACUCCUUCAGGGUCUACUGCAACUUCACAGCAGGCGGAGAGACAUGUCUCAACCCAAGCAAGGCUGUGGAAAACGUUAAACUUAACACCUGGGCCAAGGAGACUCCUGGCUCCUGGUACAGCAAAUUCUCAAAGGGCAGCAAGUUCUCGUACGUGGACGCUGUGGGAGAGCCCGUGGGUGUGGUCCAGCUGGGCUUCCUGCGACUACUGAGCGUCCAGGCCCGCCAGAACCUCACCUACCACUGCCACCGGUCCGUGGCCUGGGCCGACCGCACUAGCAAGGACAAGGAGCAGUACCAACGUGCGCUGCGCUUCCAGGGCUCCAACGAGGAGGAGCUCGCCUACGAGACCAGCCCCUACAUCAAGGCUCUCGAGGACGGCUGCUCGUAUCGUAAGGGCAACGACAGGACAGUGCUGGAGGUGAACACGCCUCAGGUGGAGCAGCUCCCUCUACUGGACAUGAAGAUAUCAGACUUUGGGGAGAAUAACCAGAAAUUUGGCUUUGAAGUGGGACCUGUCUGCUUCCUGGGUUAAAACACAUGCAGAGAGAGCAAGAGAGAGGGGAACACAAGCAAUUGCCACACUCGAAGCACACUCACACUUACACUGACACACACACACACACACACACACACACGGACAUGCACUUGUACAACACAUAUUGAUUCAACCACAUAGAUGUGCCAAUAUGAAUGCUCAGUGUUUUUUUUAAGUUAAAGAUGUGGAAUACACGCUCUCAUAUACUCACACAGACAUACAACUACACACACAAACACAAACACAAACACACACACACACGCAUACAAGAUCUGUUGUGAGACAGAUCGGCACUCACUUAAGAACAUGCCCAGGGAAACCGACUCCCCAACUCCAGUGGACGAGAAGAGAAGAGAAAAGCUGGGAACGCCCCCACCCCCCCACACGCAGGGAGGGAGCCAAGAUGGUCGCCUGUGAGGGAAGAGUGUUCUGGCCAGAAUAGAACUGAGCUCUUUUGUAACCAGUGGCUGAACCAAAGAGUCAGCGACCGACCGCCCAUCCAUUUCCGCCCAGCCCCAAAACCCCUACUACCCGUCCCUCCAACUCCCUCCCUGCCUCCCCUAGGUUAUAAACAGACACUCCCCCCCUCUCGAUUCCUGUCCCUUCCCCGCUGUUUUUUUUUCCACAUUUGAGGCGAGUCUCACCCUCUCUACCUCUUUUUGCUUUAUCCCUCCAGCAUCCAGCCUCACAUACAGCCCAGCACGGCUUCCACCAUCCCAUCCCGCCCCGCCCCGUCCCCCAUCACGCCUUAUGCCGUCCCACUCCAUACACUUCCUGCGCCUCAUGUCCUGUGUCUUGAAAUAUAUAUAUAAAAAACCCAAAACAAAAUGGAUUCCCUCGUAAGCAGCCCCAAACUAAACAAAACCAUGGAAGUUUUUUUUCCUUCUUUUUACCAGCUGAGAAAUGACACCUGCUGACUGACAAGUGAAGUGGGGAAACAGACUGAAGAAUAGGAUAUUUUUUUCUCUUUUGUAUAAAAAAAGCAUACACACACCAUUGGAAAUAUCAAGCGGGAAUAUAAUAUAUGAAAUGUGUCUUAACAGCCAUGUUCAGGGGCAGGAACUGCCUGAUCCCAAGUCCAGUCUGCAGAGUAUAAUUUGCCCGCUGUUGUGUUAAAAGUUCAACAGUGUGCUUCUCACAGGUGUGUCCAUCCCAUAGUGGUAAAGGUGAUUGAGAAAGGUCAGUUUUUUGUCAACCCCAACAGUAAUAAAACAAAGGAAAACACCAAAUCUCA